CGCGCAUUCCCUAAUCGACAAAUAUAAUGAGUGAUCCUGCUCCGGGCACAAGCAGUAGCCAACGUAUUCAGACCUACGUACUGCUCAGCAAAUCGGUCAAAGGACCUGCUAACUGCCAAUUGAUCAUGGAUGUUCUUGCCGCACCCGGCAUUUAUGUCUUUUCAGAACUGUACGAAGCACCCAAUGUCGUAGAGGCGUCUGUUCUUCCCGAAGUGGCACCAUAUUAUGAGCUCCUAAAGAUAUUUCUGUAUGGCACCUAUCGGGAUUACGUAGCCCAUGCCCAUAAACUGCCCAGCUUAAAUCCGGCCCAAGUAGCCAAAUUGAAGCAUUUGUCCAUCAUCUCCCUGUCGGAGAGUAACAGUCGAUCAUUAUCGUACGACCUGUUACUUGAAUACCUCGAUAUUUCCAAUGUGCGUGCGCUCGAAGAUUUGAUCAUUGAUGCGUUUUAUCAAGGCGUCCUUGUGGGCAAACUGGAUCAGCGACAAAAACGUGUGGAAAUAUCGUACGCGAUGGGCAGAGACUUGCGGCCUGAACAAAUGGAGGCGACAUUAGAUAUCCUUCACACAUGGAGCCGAGAUACAGAAAUGCUUCUGAAAGCCAUUGACACGAAAAUCCAAACUGUGAGUAACGUGGUUGCUGUGAAUCAAGCGCGUCGUGACGAAUACGAUCAAAAAGUGGACCAAUUACGAAAAGAGAUUCGCGCCAAAAAUAAGGCGGACAUGGACACGGAUGAUGGCAAGGGGAAAUACUUGGGCACGGUGAGGUAUGACUCUCCCGAGUAUAACGAACGUGGAAGUCGAGCUAAAAAGAGGUAAACACGGCAUCACCGAGGACGACGCGACGCAUGAAUGAUUAAGCCAUCGUCUGCCCGUGUAGUAGAGGCUCCAAACGGUUCAUGGUUGGUCGAUCGUGAAAACACCUCACCUAUCAUCUCGCAUCCAUAGUAGCGCAUGGGUCGCACGUACGCACAUAUGGUGUUGCUGUGCAUCUACUGAAACCUUCUCCCCACACAUAUGAUGCGAUAUAGCGGAUGAUGCCACAGUCACUUGGAAAGAAUAGCAUCCAUUGAUUUAUCCACACACCAUUCGAAUCCAAAUAAACCAAUACCAUUAAACGGGUGUUUUCC